CAAUGCCGACUUACUUGCGCUUCGUAAGGGAGAUACCGGCGUCUCUUUGAUUGUGCAAACGGUCCAUCCAACUUGGAUCGCUCACGUAGUUCCUUUUUUACUUUGGUCGCUUUCCUGGAGCAUAUAAGCGACGCUGAGCUUGACUUGUUCCCGAGAGCGCAGGAACUUACAGUUUUGCGAUCAUCAUCCUUUCUUCGACGCUCCUGUUGCGUGGUCAAUCGGGAGAAAAUGGAGAGAAUCAAAGGAUCUACUUGCCUGGUCUUGAUGCUUGUCGCCGUGAUAAUGGUUGAUCUGUGCCAAGCCCAGCUCUCCACCACUUUCUACUCCAAAUCCUGCCCGAGAGUAAAGGCUAUUGUCAAGGACGCAAUGCAGAAGAAGUUCAGCGAGACCAGAGUUGUAGCCGCUGGAACACUCCGACUUUUCUUCCACGAUUGCAUGAUAGAGGGAUGCGAUGGUUCAGUCAUAAUUGCCUCUACGAACACGAACAAAGCCGAGAAGGACGCAGACGACAAUCUUUCGCUUCCUGGAGAUGCCUUCGACGCUGUUUUCAGAGCUAAAGCCGCAGUCGAGAAGCAAUGCCCGAACACAGUCUCCUGUGCUGACAUCCUCACCAUGGCCACCAGCGAACUUCUCCAGCUCAUUGGAGGACGCGGCUGGGAUGUAAGGCUUGGAAGAAAAGACGGCAGAGUGUCACUAGCUUCGAGAGUUCCCGGGAAUUUGCCGAACGUAAACAUGUCAGUUGCUCAGCUCACUUCAUUCUUUAAAACUCGAGGAUUCAGCCAAAGAGAAUUGGUCGUCUUGUCCGGAGGCCACAGUGCUGGUUUUGCUCACUGCAACAAGUUCAUGGACCGGAUUUAUGGCAGAAUUGAUCCAACCAUGGAUACCGGUUACGCCAGGGGUCUCAGAGGUACAUGUCCCCAAAGGAAUCUGGACCCGACUGUCGUUGCCAAUCUCGACACCACCACUUCCACCACGUUUGACAAUGUCUUCUACCAAAACCUCAAGAGCAAAAAGGGCCUUCUCCGCUCCGAUCAAGUGCUAUACACCGACCCGAACACUAAGAAAGUCGUGGACUCGUUUGCCUCCGACAACACUGCCUUUCUCAUUGAGUUCGCCGCGGUCAUGGACAAGUUGAGUGCCUUCAAGGUAAAGACAGGCUCUCAAGGUGAAAUCCGGAAAAACUGCGGGGUGAUCAAUUAGUGGUACUGUCCAAAACUAUGUACGGGGAAAAUAAUACCUGGAUGAUUUUUUUUUUAUCUAGACAAGUUGAUAAUAACACUCGGUUCGCUUCUGUAACUUUCAGGUCAUUAAUCUGGAAGAAAAAGAAGAAAAAGAAUCACUUAGCUCA